UCCUGUUUCGGCGAUGGCAAUCAUGUGCCCCUCUAUUCCUCAACCAUGGAUGUACUUUCCAUCUAUUCAGUUGGUAAUACAAAACAAAGGAAACAAAAAUGGGGUUGGAGGGUGUAGUGAAUAAAGGCAUGGAGUUGGGGGAGAUGGCAUUCAACAAAGUUUGGCUAAUAACUGAUAAAUGUCUAGCUAUUUCCAAUGUUGAUGUUUUCGUAGCCACCGGUUGCGGCAGUGCCGUAGGUGCAGUAGCUCUUGUUCACAACAUUGCCAUUUCCUGCCAAAAAUAGAUUUCUCCAAAUCCAUCUUCUGUUUUGUCUCCCCUCACCUCUAUACACAUUUCACAUUUCCUUGAUCAAAUCAAACACCCAAUUCCCAAUAUUUGGAGGAAGUUGAGACGUGGAAGAAAUUUGACCAGGCAGA